GGCCGGCCGGUGUUCACCGUGCGUGAGGUGAAAGCUGCUGAGGGGCAGGGAGAGGGGUUGUUACCCUCGGCGGGGCUGCCCGGGCUCGGGAGCUGUCACCGCUAUGGGGUUCCGCAGGAAAAACAAGAGCCCGGCGGUGCUAAGCCACGAGUUCAUCAUUCAGAACCAUGCGGAUACCGCAUCCUGCCUAGUGAUGGGCCUCCUGCUGGGGGUCGUGUUUGAGGUCCCAUCCAAGUAUGCUAUCAUCUUUAUUGCUGUGCAGCACAAUGUCACCUAUACCACUGAUGACAACAGUGAGCAAUUUCAUUUUUACGACUAUGGUCCAAAGGACAUUGCCACAAUCUUCUUCUACAUGCUUGUAGCUAUUAAUCUGCACGCUGUAAUCCAGGAGUGCAUAUUAGACAAAAUGACUAGACGACUGCAUUUGUCAAAAACAAAGCACAGCAAAUUCAAUGAAUCUGGACAGCUAGCAUUUUUCUACUUGUUUUCGUUUAUAUGGGGAGCAAGUAUUUUGAAUGGAGAUGAAUUUGUGAUGAACCCAACCUCAUUCUGGAAAGAUUAUCCUCAUUCUCGUAUGCUUUUUCAGGUUAAAUUCUUCUAUGUUUGCCAGAUAGCCUAUUGGCUUCAUGCGCUGCCAGAGCUAUACUUCCAAAAGAUCAGAAAGGAAGAUAUUCCAAGGCAGCUAUGUUAUAUUUGCCUUUACAUUGCUCAUAUCUCUGGUGCCUAUAUAUUAAAUUUGCAGCAUUUGGGGCUAAUUCUGAUGGUACCUCACUAUUUAGUGGAACUCAUUUUUCAUGCCUCACGUCUUUUCUACUUCAGUGAUGAAAACAAGCAAAAAGGAUUUACCAUUUGGGCUUUACUUUUUGUAAUGGUGCGUCUUUUGACCCUAACUUUAUCUGUCCUCACGUUUGGAUUUGGUCUGGCAACAGUAGAGAAUCCAGGUUUUUCCAUAGCAGACGGAAACUUCAAUGUACUCCCUGUGAGGAUUGGCUGCCUGGGUGCUGUUUGUCUAACACAGGCCUGGAUGAUGUGGAAAUUUAUAAAUUUUCAGCUGAAGAAAUGGAGAGAGCAUGUUAAGAACCAGAUUCCAAAGAAAAAAGUAACUAACACAAAGAACAAACGAACAAAAAAGGAACCAAACAAAGCUAACCUUGUCAAUGGAGCAGCAAAACCAGAAGGUGGAGCAUCGCCGAGAAUAAAAAAACCAAAACCAGUAUGAAAAUACAAGCUAGUAUCAGAAGACAACAUAUGGCAGAAGACUGUGACUUUAAAAAUUGACACUGCAGAGCUACUAUUUGGAUGUCUUAUUUUUUCAUUGGACACUAUCAGGUUAUAUUUCUUAAAUUUUUUUUUAAUAACCCCACAUUUAUGACAAGAUCAUCUCUGAUCUAUCUUAACCCAGUAGUCAUCUCCAAAUUUCACUUAGCUUUAACAUUGAAAACAGAUGAAUCAGUCUGAACUUCUGGUUGUGUGAUCAGAAGUUACUACAUUUCUGUAGUAUUUGCAUUAUAGACACUUCAGGAAGCUAAGUUAUCUGUGUAGUCAUUUGUUUUUACAAAAUCAAAAUUCUGUACCAAAAAGGUCUUACAAUGUCUGUCUGUUCUGCCCCCCUUUUUUUCCCCCCCAAGAAUUUUUGCUUUAUUCAUCUUACAUGGAGUGAGGUAGCCUGGUAAAAAAGCAAAAAUGUUAGAUACUUGAUUUCUCUUUAAAAAUUAGAGAUUUAGAGAGAGGGCAAAUUCUGUCAGGACAUUGCUAAUCUUUUUUUUUUUUUUUUCAGUAUAAAGGUGAGACUAAUGUUUAAAGAUGCAAACUGUGUGCCUUGGGAAAAACAGCAGACUACCUGUUGGACUUUGCAGUGGAUUGUUCUGUCUUGUAUGGGGCAGGGGGAAGAAAAGUAGCCAAUUAAUCUGUGGUAUAGUCUUAGCCCUUUUGAAAUAAAAGACAAAACUCCCAAAUAUUUCUAAAAAGUCAGUAUUUCAUGCUUGCAAUUACAUACCAGAUUUUUUCUUCAACUGUUUGUUUUGACUUUCAUUGAUAACUGGCACAUCUUAAACUUCUGAAUCUACUCAGAUGAUGUUCAAGGGAGGUGCUCAAACAAUAGUGCAAUGACUGUUUUGCCAAGCAUAACCUAAAAGCUUUUUUCUUUAACCUGUAGAUAAUAAUUUAUUUUAGUCUGACUCAAGGGUUUUACGUCUAGUAAGGUAUUAAUUUGCGCCUUAUGUGAACACUUUAUCUGGAUAUGAUUUUAAUAUUAAUAUGAUUAUAUUAUAAAAAGAUUAAUGGUAUUUUUGUAAGUAACAGUCAUAGAUCUGAGACUGGUAUCUCAAUGUUGGGUAAGUUUCAUGAACUCACUUUGUAAUUUCCUGUAACUUUCUCCCUGUGCAAAUAGAUUGUAGGAAUAUUACAUCAAUUCAUGUAAGCCUAUAAAUUUCUACUGAAAAUGUUUACCAUGGAACUAGAAUAUAUUUGCUAAUAUUUUUAAUAAACUUGUAUAAUAAUGAAUGCAUUGUCCAAUAAAAAUAUCUUUUGAGCAGUUUGGGUGAGAUUUGCUUAGUCUUCAAGUAUUUCUCAGCAUGCUGCUCACAAGAUGAUGUUUUCUUCAAUGUACACUGUAACUGUAAGCCUACAGUCCCUGUAGAUUUCAAUUUCUGCACACCUAAGUGACCAGGCUUUCAAAAGUGAAUACAGACAGUAGUUGAGGUGCUAGUAUCCAAUUCUAGGCACGAAAGACUAAACAAUUUUGAACCUUAACUUUUUUUUUUCUUUCAGUGUUAUCAGAAUGUAUGUUCCUAAUACGGCCACUUGAAUAAACUGAUUACACUCUUAAAUAUUAUUAUUGCAUGACACUUGUGAUGGCACUUUGAAGAAGCUUCGUUUUUUUUUCUUUAUUUCAGUUAUUAUUUUAGAAAUACAAAUACAGUGCAAGUAUAUGUAUAGCUACUGUUGUAUUCCAUGUACACACAUAUUUGAUGUAAGAAUCUCCUCACAACAAUUAACUUCUUUUAAGAUUGAAAAUCGUUGUCUAUAUGGUAUAUUUGGGUACAUACUUACAGUAACACCAAAUGCAUUAAAUGAAUUCUAGGCUUGUUAUUAUGAAGGUGUGUCAGAAAACUGUUUGCAACAAAAGGUUUGUUUUAUUUAAAACACUGUUCCUGCAAACUUUAGUGUAAUUAGUUUAUGGUUAGAAGGUAGUUCCACUGAAUUUACAAAUAAAAAAAAUUAGCAGUUUGGUGUAACAAGUAGUUCAUUAACAAAAAAGGAAGUGUAUAUGAUUUUAGAAGUAAACUGAAUUGAGGCAGUGAUUCUUAUGAUUUUUGUUUGUUUUUCAUUGGUUUGCUAAUACAAAGUCUGUGAAAGCUGAAAUUUGAAGUGGUUGUUAAGUCAGAUAAUGAUGAAGAUGGUUUGUUUUUCUUUAAAUGUCACGGUUUUUCUUUCUGGCUGAGUGGGAAUGAGAAAGUAGAGCUGGGGUGAAACAAUGAAUUCACAGGAGUACUUGCUCACAUGGAUUUUAAGCGACUUCAUUUUUUUUUUUUUUUAAUUUACAAGACUAAAGUGAUUCUGAGCUUAACUCUGCAAUUACUUUUUAAACUCCUUUUACACUGUUUAAACUAAAAUUAUGUUGGUUUGUUCCAUGGUUAGAAAAAACCUGCCACAUUCAGGGAUUGUUCCCAUGUGUUAAGCACAAUAAUUUCUAGGGAAGGUGUGAGACAUAGGUCACUGAGUUCCCAAGUGCUUGACAAUUUCUUUUGAAUUGCAGCUUUCAGAAGCAUUACCAAAAAUGUCUAAUAUCUUUGAAAUGACUUUUCUUUAACCAAAUACUUCAACCAAUUCCAAACUCCUUGUGUCAUAGCAAAAUCCAAGGUCAAUCCGGGCAUCUUGUUAUGAAGUCAAUAAAACAAAAUGCACAGUAGAAUUUUCAUACAGAAGUACUUUGCUGAAUAAGACCUAAUUAAAGCCAAAUCUAAGCCAAGGGUAACAAGUACUGUGAAGUCAUGGUUAUGUCACAGAGGAUCUUCAGAAGUCUUAGAAACACAGUUCCUACGUGCCAUGAAACAGACAAGUUGGAAAGCCCACGCUUGAGGUCUAGGAUGAAGACUGCAGCCUGUUAGGGGUAGUGUUUGGUGGGGUUUGUUUUGCGGAUUUUUUUUUUGGUUGGGAUUUAGAAUCAUAGAAUCGUCAAGGUUGGAGAAGACCUCUAAGAUCAUCAAGUCCAACUGCAAACCUAUCACUGCCAAGUCUACCACCAAACCAUAUCCUCAAGUACCACAUCUACCCUUCUUUUAAAUACCUCCAGGGGUGGAGACUCAACCACCUCCCUGGGCAGCCUGUUCCAAUGUUUUUCCUAAUAUCCAACCUAAACUUUCCCUGGUGCAGCUUGAGGCCAUUUCCUCUCAUCCUAUCACUCGUUACUGGGGAGAAGAGUCCGACCUCUGCCUCACUACAAACCCCUUUCAGGUAGUUGUAGAGAGCAAUAAGGUCUCCCCUCAGCCGCCUCCUCUUUUUUCUGUUACUUAAAUAUAGCUUUGUCAUUUUUUUCUGAGAACUAAGCCGAUUUUAUUUUUCACUUUGUUCAAUAUUAUGAAUGCCAAAUAGAGUAACAAUCAAAUUAGACACUGAUUUCUUCCUGUUUCAACCAUGUAGCCUUUCCUGAAGUUGUAUAAUAUCUGUCAGCACAGAUGUUGAGGCAUGUUCCCUAGUGAUGUAAUAUUGUCAUGAAUGAUCCUAUUAAGCUCUUUUUACAUUUAUUUUAAGACUUUAGUUUAUGUAAAUCAUAGGACUUUCAGAGCAACUCUAUGUUGUAUCUUGUCACAAUCUAAUUGUAAACGUAUUUCAUAUGUCAGAGGUCCUUUGCGCGAGUAGUUAUGUGCACAUCAAAAUAUAAAAUAUUACUGUGCAUCUGCUUUUGGGAAACCAAAAUUAGGUCCUCUUACUUUUAACCUCCCUUUCCUCUUAGUUGGGAUGUAAGAGUUGUUUUAUCUCCUGAAUAGUCUUUUAAAGAUAAAAGGAAAGGUAUCUUUUAGGCAGUGCAGAAAAGCUUAUGCUACAAAUCUGAUCACUGUUUUUGAUCUGUAAGUUAGGAAUGAACAGAUCAUCUUGGUUUUAAAAACAGUGUCUCUUUAGCUGAUGCAUUUUAUGUUCACUUCUUAGUGAGGUUUUGAGCUGGCCACGUGAAGUGGAAUAGAGUACAGGUUAUAUGGUGGCAUGGUGAUGUGCAAGUAGCGUUGCUCUUGCCUGUUCCUGUUUGAGUCCACUAAAAAAGGAAAUCAUUCAGAGUAGGUUCUAAAAAUACAGCAUGUUGUCUGGGAGCAGGAGUUUUAAGCAAGUUCUGAAAAAUGCUAGAAUUUCUAAAUACUCAGUCUUGUUGAAUACUAUGUAACUCUCUGUAAAUAAUUGAUUAGUUUCAUUAUUUUGUUGAUAAAUGAAUUGGGUUCCAUCACAAUGUUUCAUCUAUAUUUGUUUCUUAAUGUUAAAAUGGGCUGCUGCAUCUGCUUAAAUUGAAAGCAGGUAUGUACAGCCUUUCUUAAACCAUAUGAGUGUUGACUUCUACCACAAAAAAUUUCUAAUAGUUAAAGAAAUGGGUAAAACAACAUUGAUACUGUAAACUGUGAAACUUUAGAUGCUUGGCUUUAAGCCUCAGUAGCUGGAACUGAGCUUAUGAAUUUACAGACCAUGAGCAAGAGAGAAAUGCUUAUAAACCAGUAUUGAUGUAACAUUUCUUUGUUACAAUUAUGCCGUAAAAUUCUAAUAUACAAUUACUCUUUCAGCAAAACCAGCAAUGUACUCCAGAGUACAUUGACUAAUGUGUGACUGCCUGAUGGCAACAAAUACACUGGUUUGGUCUUCAUUCUCUGUAAGAUGUAUUUCUAUUUCAGUUAAUCAAGGUGUCUGUCCUUUUUCUGGUUAAGCAAUUAGUGUUGAAAUGUGGUGUUCUUUUAAAAAUGCAUUAUGGAAAAUAAUUUUGCAUAAAUAUAAUUUAAUAAUUGUAUAAGGUAAAAUUAUGUUUUAGUGAAAGGCUGCUGAAAAUAUAAAUUAUCUUGCUGAAACACUGCAGUUUGAGAGGUUUUGUUUUACACUGUUUUACAUGAGGAUUUGUUGAUUGUUUAACAUUAUAGUCAAUAAUCUAUAGGACAAGAGCCAUGUUUUCUGUGUAUAUAAGUUUCUGAUUAUUCACUUGAUAAGGUAUUGCUAAAGAAAACUUUUUCCAUUUAAAAAAAAUUGUUCUCUAAUGAUGUAUUUCUGAUGCAUCUCAUUUUACUCUCUAAUUUUGUUAAAUUUCCUUUGCCAUUAAAUAAUCUGUUCUAUUUUUAUUCUAAA